AUGUCUAAUCAAUCUGGGAUUACUGCAAAUGAUGAUUUAUUAAGCCGUAUAAGCAAUUUACAUCAGGAUGGUAAGUCAAUAGUGGCUGGAAUAAAUGAUACCUCUACUGAAGUUAACUUCAUUUCACAAUUAUCAGGUGUUGAUGAAAUAAAGGAAUACUUAACGGCCCAUGGUUCCGUUCCAUGUUAUAUCAUGUGCAGAGCAAAUGGUUCAUUAUAUUUCAUCAGCUUUACUCCAGAUUUAGCUCGUGUUCGCGAUAGAACGUUAUAUGCCUCAACGAAGAAUACGAUAUUGAGACAGAUAGGAAGCAACAACGUGUCAUCUAUAACCAUGAUUACCGACCCAGAUGAGUUUAGUGAAGAGUUAUGGAAUCAAAAGAAAGUUCCUGGGCCCCUUUCAGAGUCUGAGAAGGUUCAGGAGAAAGUGGAUGAACAAUUACACUCUGAGGCGUAUGUGAAUAGCCGUCAAGGGCGGUAUUUGGCCUCUAUGCACGGUGGGGUUUCAUCGUCUUUAUCAUUCAAGUUUAAUAGCUCUGAACCAUUUUCAGACCUUUUAAACAGCAAAAGCGCGCUUACCUUUGAGAUUGAUUGUGCUUCAGAGCAAAUUGUAUUCUCUGGCGCUAAAAACCCAAAAAGUCCUAAGGAGCUCAUAAAUGCCAUUUCAACGAAGCACCCUAGUUAUACUGUCUAUAAAUCGCAAAAAGAUUCUGUCUUCUUCAUCUACAGUUGUCCUUCAGGGAGUAAGGUGAAAGAGAGAAUGAUAUAUGCUGCCAACAAGAAGGGUUUUAUGUUAAAUCUACAGGAUGAGCACGGCCUCGUAUUUUUGAAAUCAAUUGAGGUUGGAGACCCUGAAGAACUUGAAUUAUCUACUUUAAGCCCUGAUUUAAAAGAGGAAACAGAAUCUGAUGUGUCAAAGCCCAUAUUUAAUAGGCCAAAAGGGCCACAAAGAAGAGCCAGAUCAUAA